AUGGGCAGUAAUGGUCUGAGGGUGCAAAUUGCAUCCUACAAUGCCAACUUGGCAGGCGCCGAAACCAUUCGCCACGAUCUUAAGCCUUGGCUGAUCCCAACUGCUGAACAGAAGCCAAUCAGCCCCGUAGCUUCCAAACCUCUCACCAACAAGAACGUACUCGAUGCCGACGCAUAUAAGUCGAGAAACACCAAGACGCUCUCUACGCAUCCUUCACUGCCGCGUGAGGCACCUGACUUCUAUGCGGUGGGAUUCCAAGAACUCAUUCCGCUCCACACAGGUAUGUCAGCGGUUGGUGACACCACGCUGUACAACACCGACCUUGACAUUCGCAGAACUAUUCGUCCGUACCAAGCCGUCGUAUCCGGCACCGGGCUGUAUGCUAGCUUGGAGGAAGGAGGUGGUCCCGAAGGCUAUCCUCUUCUGUGCAAGGUUGACCUGGUCAGCAUCGCUCUUUUCGUGUAUGCACGAGAACGAGCGCCGUUUUCGAUCUCAAAAUCGACCGCGAACAGUGCCAAGAGUGCUGCACAUCGAGUCAAAGAGGUUCGAACCGCCAAAGUCGGAACCGGUCUUGCAGGUGUGAUGGGCAACAAAGGUGCUGUAGGAGCCCGUAUUGUAGUGGAAGCGGCCGACGGGGAGGGACCAGAUGAGAUUCUUACCUUUGUCAACGCCCAUCUUGCAGCGCACGAUCACAACGUCCUGAGGCGGAACCAAGAUUGGCAGCAGAUUGUACAGAGGAUGGUGUUCGAGCCGUCAUCGGUGCAGAAACUUCCCAUAUUGCAAGAUCCUUCUCAAAAGCCACUGAAUCCCAACGACAUGGCUGCCCUCAAACAGCAACACAAGAAAUCAACUCAGGCCGGCAAAACACCCAAGAAGACGACUGCGCUCGACAAGAAGAGCUACACGCUUUACGAUACAACUCAUCUGUUCAUAUUCGGUGAUCUCAAUCAUCGUUUGUCGCUCGGCAAGAGCGAGCUGGACAGCAUCAAGGGAAGCAACGAGAAGGAUGCAGCAGAGCUGACCAAGGAGACGCUCGCCAAGGCGCUUGAAAUAGGUGAUUGGUCUUCGCUCGCCAAGCACGAUCAGCUCACUUACCAGAGGCUGGCCAACCCGCCCAAAGCGUUCCAUGGUCUCACAGAAGUGCCUAUCGCCGAAGCAGACAUCCCGCCUACUUACAAGUACACCGUCUCACGCCCUGGUAAGCAGACCAAGAAGAAGAAUGCCGGCAUCACCUCUGCCGCAUUGGAAGGCAACACACUCAGCAAGAAGCGCAUUCCAGGCUGGACCGACCGCAUCCUUUGGGCUUCAGCACCGGCCAAAGAUGACAACGACCGUCACGGCGUCGAGGUAGAGUUCUAUCGCAGCAUCAUGCAGUAUACCCACUCGGAUCACAAGCCCAUCACCACGCUUCUUCGCCUUCCAGCUCCCUCCUCAUCUAGCAAGGGUUCAUCUCCAGCGUUGCUCACGUCGCUGAACCCUUACAAACCGCUUUCCUCGACGCAACGACUUGUGCUUUCGACUAGCGGGCUCGUUCUCGAUCGACUCGUUGGCUACAUCUGGAGCUUGCUGUUGCUGGCUGGUGGUGGAAGCCUUGCCGGGGGUCUCAUUGAAGUCUUUGUCAUCGGCGUUAUCACAGCAUGGUGGUUCUCCCAGUCAAGGUCGUAG